CUCUAUGUUCCUCGAUGAGUGCAACAAUACGCGACUCUCACAAAUUGGCAACAUUGCCUGAAAUUCUCUCCUCUUUGACCGCUUUGCAGUCUGAAGAAGAUGAGAUUGCGUCGUCAUUGGCCCAAAUACUAUCUGCGCGAGAACCGGUGCUCGACUCGUUGUCUCGUCUACAGUCGCUAGCUCCUCGUUUGGACGAACUGUGUACGGAGGCGUAUGCAUUUGUGCAGAAGGUGUCAGUGACCGCGCAGACAGCUGAGAACGUUGGAGGACGCGUACGGUCCUUGGAUGAGGAAAUGCGUCGCGUCCGAGAGGCUGCUGACCGCGUGAGCCAGGUCAUGGAGCUCAAGACCUCACUAGAGGAAUUGCAUUUCUCAAUGGAAGAUAGAGACUGGGAAUCUGCCACCCGACAUUGCGCACGAGCAAUGGCAUUGCCGACGGAGGUCCUGUUGGGGCCAUUCGCGGAGAUUGCGGUUCCUACUUCAGAAAGCCAUCUGCCUCCAGCGCAGACUCUCCAAGCGGCCCGUGAGCAACUCCUGGCCGUAUUCCGCAAGGAGUUCGAGAAAGCAUCCAGAUCUCGCGAUGCUGCGUCUACGAGUCGAUUUUUCAAACUCUUCCCGGCAAUCGGAUGGGAGGCAGAAGGGUUACAAGCAUAUGCGGCAUUCGUCGUGGAACUCAUCAAAGUUCGUGCACCAGCGUCUGCGAAGACUUCCUCGCCGUUGUACUAUAUUACUUCACUCACGGCGCUAUUCGAAAACAUAGCCAUGAUAAUAGAUCAGCAUCAGCCUAUUGUCGAAAAGUACUAUGGUCCGGGCAAGAUGGCACCCGUUAUCGAGAGGCUUCUCCAUGAAAGUGACCGCGUCGUGAAGGGCCUCGUUGAGGGCUGGGAAGAGGAGCGGUCCAUGCGACGCAAGCUUAUCGACACGUCCAAAAGCUAUGCGGCCAGUCCAGCAUCUGCAGUUCCUAGAAGGCAAACAUUGCAGCAAGGGUAUGACGGCGAGGAAGGCGCAGACGCCCGCGAUGUGGAUCGCGUGCUAAGCGAGGCCGUGGGCAUGAGCGGUCGGUGGAGCCUGUUCCGCAAGUUUGCGCACGAGCGUUUGAGACCGGACGCGUUCGAUGAGGAGAACCACGAUGAGAAAGCUCCUUUAGAUCGGGUAGAAGAUGGACGAGGACUGCAGAAGCAAAGCGCACCAUCAACCAAUGGUUCUACUGAAAAUCUACCGGAGGGGCUACGAGCGGUUGAGGCGUGUGCUACUAAGCAACUGAUCGAAGAUCUUCUCAAGACGUACUACAUUCCCCUCGAGACGUGGUACACAAAUACCGCUAUCGACAAGGCACACCGGCUGUCACAUGCGGAUCUUUUGCAGUCGCCUGUCGUUACUACGACGCCUGACGAUGCGUUCUACAUCCUAAAGGUAGUGCUGUCGCGCAUGCUGUCUUGCGGCUCCGUGAGAGCAGUUCAGCAAACGUCCGAGAACCUGAAGGAUGUGAUGGACCAUGCCUACGUCGCUGUUAUCAAGAAGAAGCUAGAUGAUGUGUACCGCACCGGCGGAGCCGCGGGGGCAGGUUCGAAAGGCGAAAAAGCGGAGAGGGAGAACCGACAGGCCUUCAUCAUCUUGCUGAAUGACCUCGACAUAUCAUCCUCGCACAUGGAACGCCUGGUGAAAGAGCUCAACACGUCGGCGCUGGUCACGCAGUAUUACCUGGAGACUGAAGCAGAGUCGGUCAAGAGGAGCCUUUCAUCGUUCCUCCAUCUCGUGCCCAGAUUUCGUUCUGCGCUGAGGGCUGGCGUUGAGCAACUAUUUAACCAGCUUAUGCGCCCAAGGCUGAGAACAUUCAUUCCGGACGUGUACAAGGACGUAUCAUACGUAUUGGACGAGGGCGGUUAUUCUGCCGCUGAAUACAACGAUGUCGUACGGAAGAGGUUCGCCAAGUCAUGGGAAAAUCUGGUGGAUGGCUACAAGGAACUGUUCACGGAAACUAACUACCGUUUGUUCAUUGGGCUGGCUCUGGAUGUCUUGGUGAGGCCGUGGGAGCGAUUCGUCGUGACGCUCAAGUACAGCGAGCUUGGUGCAGUACGUUUCGAUCAAGACCUGCGUUCGAUCACGUCGUACCUCUCGUCUCAGACUGCGUUCGGAGACGUACGGGAGAAGUUCGUUCGGCUGCAGCAGAUAUCCAUCUUGCUCAACCUGGACUCGGAAGAAGAUAUUGGCGAGUUUUAUAACGAGUCUGGCAUCACAUGGCAGCUAGGCGAACAGGAAGCACGCAUGAUUGCCGGUCUCCGUAUCUAACUUUGUGCAGUUACUAUCUACGUUGAUACCCAACUAUUUAAUUGUUCAUUCGUCAG